GGCGUGGGGCGGUGGUGGUUGGCUGCCUGGAGACGGGUCCUCGGCCGUGCCUGUCAGAGUGGCUGGCGGCAGUGGCGGCUCUCCGGGGCUGGGUUGUCAGUCAGUAAGAGGAGGGGAAGAUGGCUCGCCGGGACCCGCUGUGCUGAGGAAGAAGGGAGGCAGGUGGGGGGGCAGGUGGUGCCGCCGCCAGUCGGCAGAGAGGGAGAGAGCCGAGCAGCCGCCGAAGCUGUGGGUGCGAGCGGCCGCGCGGGUCGGAGCUCCGGGAGCAGCCCUGGUUGAAGGUCUAGAGCAGAUGUGGAAAGAUGUUCACUUCAGAGAAAGGCAUCGUGGAGGAAUGGCUAUCAGAGUUUAAGACACUGCCAGAAACGUCUUUACCAGAUUAUGCCACAAAUUUGAAAGACAAGAGUUCCUUAGUUUCAUCUCUCUAUAAAGUUAUCCAAGAGCCACAAAGUGAGUUGCUAGAACCUGUCUGCCACCAGCUCUUUGAAUUCUACCGCAGUGGGGAAGAGCAGUUACUUCGAUUUACACUUCAGUUUCUCCCAGAACUCAUUUGGUGCUACCUUGCGGUCUCCGCCAGCAGAAAUGUACACAGCAGUGGAUGCAUCGAAGCUCUUCUUUUAGGGGUUUACAAUUUGGAAAUAGUUGAUAAACAGGGACAUAGCAAAGUAUUGAGUUUUACAAUUCCAUCUUUAUCCAAACCAUCUGUGUAUCAUGAACCUUCCAGCAUUGGGUCCAUGGCUCUGACGGAGAGUGCCCUCUCCCAGCACGGUUUGUCCAAGGUCGUGUACAGUGGACCUCAUCCUCAGCGAGAGAUGCUGACAGCACAGAACAGGUUUGAAGUAUUGACAUUCCUUUUGUUGUGUUACAAUGCUGCCUUAACCUAUAUGCCUGGUGUUUCUCUUCAAUCACUGUGUCAGAUUUCUUCAAGAAUCUGUGUUUGUGGAUAUCCUCGACAACAUGUUAGAAAAUACAAAGGUGUAAGUAGCAGGAUACCAGUUUCUUCAGGAUUCAUGGUGCAAAUGUUAACGGGGAUUUAUUUUGCCUUAUAUAAUGGAGAAUGGGAGCUGGCCCAGAAGGCAUUGGAUGAUAUUAUAUAUAGAGCCCAGCUAGAAUUAUAUCCAGAGCCAUUGCUGGUUGCAAAUGCAAUAAAAGCUUCAUUGGCUCAAGGUGCCAUGAAAUCUAGUAAGGAAGGUACAAGGUGUAUUCAGGUCGAAAUCACACCAACUGCCUCUAGAAUUUCAAGAAAUGCAGUAACUAGCAUGUCCAUAAGAGGCCACAGGUGGAAAAGACACGGAGACACAGAGCUAACGGGUCAAGAAGAACUGAUGGAGAUAACAGAAGUUGACGAGGGAUUUUAUUCCAGGGCUGCGUCUAGUGCCAGCCAGUCAGGUUUAUCAAACAGCAGUCACAAUUGUAGUAACAAGACAAGCAUGGGGAAGAACCAGAGACGGUCGGGAGGGAGCAAGCCUGCAGGAAGAGACAAAGAGGCGGCCGGAGAAAGCUGCAAAGAUCAUUUUGCACGAAAGCAAACCCAGAGGGCCCAGAGCGAGAACCUCGAGCUCCUGUCUUUGAAGAGGCUGACGCUGACCACCAGCCAGUCUCUGCCCAAGCCCAACAGCCACGGCUUGGCCAAAACAGCGGCCACUGUGUUUAGCAAGUCCUUUGAACAAGUCACCGUCCCGCAGAAUCCACCACCUGCCAUCGCUUGCGGGCCUGGGACGGAAGCCAAUAGGUUUUCCGCUUGUAGCCUGCAAGAAGAGAAGCUGGCUUAUGUCUCAGAAAGAACUGAACUUCCGGUGAAGCAUCAGCCGGGAGCACAAAGACCGCCUAGUAUUAGCAUCACCUUAUCCACGGAUUAGCCUGUCACGUUUUUCUCUCUUAUGCUAGGGAUUCUGGCGCCGCAAUGUGGCUUUUGAUGAAAGCAGCAUGGGUCUCUCGUGCCUGCUCCUGACACGAGUUCCGUGGUCUUAAAUGCUGGAGGCGCCCUUGACUUUACGAAGGGAAUGAUGUCUAGAUGGCAGUAAGUGGAAACACAGUUUGGUGAUUUCCUGGUUAUGUGUUUAUUUUCUCCCUCUUUGGGUUUGAAUCUUUUUAAAUUUCCUUUCUUGUGACUUGCCCUGGGAGUUGUCACUGUGGCAACAAAUUUCAGCAAGUAAACUAAAGCAUCAAGAUCAAGAUGGCUAGAUGUCAUGUGAGGGUGUGAAUUGGUGGGAUUUUUUUGUUUGUUUGUUUGGUUGGUUUUUGUCUUUUUUUUUUUU